GGAUGCAGAUAUUGUGUGCGUCUGUUUCCCCCAAUCCUGUGAAGUUACGAGCAGAUUAUUACAGAAUUAGUAAAAAAAACCAGCACAUUCUAACAAACGCUCAGCAGAAAUAGGGUCAAUGUGCCGUGAUGCAACACCAGAAUGACAACACCACAUCAAUAGUGUUUUGAAGAGCUGCACUUUUGUUCUAAGAAUACAACUUAGAUGCAUUAUGGACUUCCGCACCAGGAGGUAUGAAAGAGGUAGCAACUGGACCGACCCGGAGAUCGUGGAGCUGCUGCAGCUCUGGUCUGACGAGUCGGUGCAGAUCGAGCUGGAGAGCUCUCUGCGCAACCAGCGCGUGUUUGACCGCAUCGCGCACAUUCUGCGGGAAAAGGGCAUCUACCGCUCAGGCGACCAAUGUAGGGAAAAGAUCAAGAAGAUGAAGCUGGAGUAUAGGCGAAUUAAAGACAACCACAAGAUGAGGACUUGGAAGUUUUAUGACGUGAUGGACAGAGUGUUGGCGAAUCGCCCGGCUGUCAGCUACUCCUCUUUGGGAGGAGCUGUUGUUGCUCAGCAGGUGUUCCAGGGCUCAGGUGGCUCUGAGGCAUACCUGCAGGGGGUCCCUGUCGGUUCGUUUGGCCCCUCAUCCUCAGGUGGGUUUCUGUUCGGCCAGCCACCUAAAGCUGAAGAUUCACUGGAUAUAAAAUGUGAAGAUGCUGAGGAGAGCAUGCUGAACUCUGGGGUUGCACCACCAGAGAUGUACUAUGUCUGCGGGGAUGAUCGGGAAACAGAUGGACAGUCUCUACUGGAAGCAGAGGACACACUGGGUCAAGCUGAAGCCUCGACUAAUACAAGAGUCUCCCCCUCAGGUUUCAGUGAGAGGACCGCUGCUGCUUCUGCAACAUCUGCCACUCAGAUUGGUCCUGUGAUGCAAGAAACAUCUGAGCAGCUCCACAGGGAGGUUCCUCAUGGGUCAGGUUGUGUGAAACAGAGGAAGCGUAGGCGGGGUGGCAGAGCUUCAUGUGGCAAAUCAGGUGGUCGGGAGAGCCUGGACAAGGCUCUGGUCAGUUUCCUGAACUGGCAGAAGUCUGCCGAGGAGCGCCUCCUCUCCCUGGAGGAGGCUCGACUGGAGAGAGAAUUCCAGGCAGAGGAGCGAAGGGAGCAGAGGGAGGAGAGAAGGGCAGAAAUGGAGAGGCAGCAUGAGCUCCACCUGCUCAGCAUGCUCACGGGGGCGCUGUUCACCACCAGACAAGGUUCCUCAGCUACCGUGACAUCCAAUCCGCCUGUCUCACCUCUGGCUCAUCUGGCUACUCCUCCCGUGGCCUCAGUCGGCCCCACUGUCUCGUCAUCUUUAGCUCAGCCUCCCCCAGAGGCGCCCGCAGCACAGCCUGUCUACACUCAGGAGACAAAAAAGUCCCAGCCCACAUCUGUCAAGACCUGCCAAGUGUCACAGGAGGUUUUAGGAACACUGAGAGGUUCAGAGGCUCCUGGCCACAGCAUUUAUCUGUCCAGUCGCGGUAACAGCAUUAGACAGCAUCAAGGCAUUCUCCAAGAGGGCUUUAUCCAGUAUGCAAUGGACAAAUAUCACCAAACAGACAAUCCUGAUGGUAUAGUCAACUUGGGAACCAGUGAGAACAAACUGUGCUAUGAUCUCCUUUAUAAAAGAUUAACUAAGCCUGACAUGUUGCACGUGGAGCCCUCCCUGUUGCAGUAUUCCAGCUGGAUUGGGCACACUUUUCUUAGAGAAGAAGUUGCAAAGUUCCUGUCUCACUACUGCUGCUCUCCCAAGCCACUGAGAGCUGAUAAUGUUGUGGUGAUGAAUGGCUGUGGUUCGCUCUUCUCAUGUAUUGCUGCUGUAAUUUGUGAUCCUCAAGAUGCCAUUCUUAUUCCUACUCCUUUCUAUGGAGUCAUAACUGAAGAUCUGAAUUUGUACAGUGCUGUAAAACUCUUCCAUAUUCCUCUGGAUUGUGAGGCUGAUGGCAAAGACAGCAGACCCUUUCACCUCACCGUUGGGAAACUGGAAGCAGGGCUGAGAAAGGCUAAGCAAGAGGGGAAGAACAUUCGAGCCCUUAUUCUCAUGAACCCUCACAAUCCUCUGGCUGAGAUCUACACUCCAAAGGAAAUGAUUGCCUUCUUAGAGUUUGCUAAAAGAAAUGAGCUGCACGCCAUUGUAGAUGAGGUGUACAUGCUGACGGUCUUUGAUGAGUCUGUCACCUUUCACAGUGUCCUCAGCAUUGAGAGUUUGCCCGACCCACAGAGGACGCAUGUGAUGUGGGGGAUGAGCAAGGAUUUUGCAAUGGCAGGAAUCAGGAUUGGUACUUUAUAUACUGUGAACACAGAUCUUGUGGAGGCUUUGGCUCAGCUGGGCUCCUUCCACGGUCUGCCUGGAACUUUGCAGCACCAGGUGGCUCAGCUGCUCCGGGACAGAGACUGGAUCAACAACGAGUUUCUACCAGGGAACCGUUGCAGGCUAAAAAGUUCUCACAGUCUUCUUACCACAGAGCUGCGAAGCAUUGGCAUCCCCUUCCUGGACAGACCUGCUGGCCUCUAUGUUUGGGCUGACUUUAGGAAGUAUCUGAGCGAGUCAUCAUUUGAGGCAGAGUUGGCUCUUUGGAGGCGUUUUCUCAGACACAAAGUGUUGUUGAGCUGCGGCCAAGCAUUUUCAUGCUCUACACCUGGAUGGUUCAGGAUCGUCUUUGCAGACCAGCAGCCCCAACUUCAGCUCGGCCUAAAGCGAAUUCAGGAGACUUUGAAAGAAACCCAUGGAAAAAGUAUCACCUCAGAUACACCCUCUUUUAAAGGAAUUGUUGAUGGGAGUAAAAAAACUGUAAAAGAGGAGAGCGACGAGUCAGACAACGCUGCGAUUGUUAAUUCCACAUCCUCGCCCCAGAGCAAGUCAUCAGACCAGCUGAAAGAGAGGGAUAGCCCUGUUCCUGACACAGGCUCGCUUGGCGCAGAGGAGUUUGUUUUGCUGGACUGCCAAGGAUCUAAGCCUGCAGAGAGUCUGGACUCACUUAUUGGUACUCUAAGGCAGCAGAUUCGUUCCUCUGAUUGGCUGGAAAAGAACACUCCAGUGCUGUCUCAUGGAGAGGACCCAGAAAUUCUUGAUGUAUUCAAGUCCCUGCUGCAAAGAGCCAAAAAGUAAGCUUAAGAUAAACAGACGUGAAUGCGGUUGCCUAAGAUUUCAACAGGCAGUGCUUAUUUUUCAUUCUUCCUGCUUGUGUUUAAUAUGAAAAGCAUGACAAAGACGUCUGACUCUGGGUCAUAUCUGAUGCAUGCCUCUGUGUGCAUCAGUGGAGAAUGAGAUAAAAAAGAAGAGGGGAAGAAAGAUAUUGGAUAAAAGACCCUCGAACGGUCGAUAGAAAGGAAGAUUUUUCCUAUUCUUUCAUCUUGAAGCCUUACUAUGUGGUAGUUUGAUUUUUUAGCUAUAGUGAGAGUUCACUGAUUUUCAUUAAUCCUAGUUAAAUACCAAAUGAUAGACAACCAAAAACAGUCAAGUUCUACUCAAGUUCAAUUCUUUUGCACCAUUUAAUGAUUCAGAAUGCCUUGAACGAUCUGUGAAUAAAGGAUUCAUUGUGCCAUUGUUCUCUGUCAUUGCUCUGAAACAUUACAGAAAUAGUGUGUGCAGUGUAGUUACAUCUUAACAGAUUAUUAUUGAAAAAUAU